AUGAAUAAUAAACUAGUGAUAAUUCGUGAUAUGAAUCACGAUGUAGAAGAAAUCGUGAUAGAAUAUGAAAUCGAUGAAGAGACGAUAUAUUUAGGAAAGAUGUUCGAUAAAACAGUCAUACACGAACAUAUCGAUGAUGAAACCCUUCAUAUUAGUCUUGAUUAUAAAAUAUUCCGAACUCAAUCAGCUGAUUCCAGUCUGGAAGAGAAAUCAGGAUAUUUGGAACAAUUAAAGGCAGAAGGCACCGUCAGUCCUAAACGACAUAGUUCAGGUCCGUCAAAACCUGAAUACAAAUCUGACUUAUGGUUCUCUGGCACUUUCAUCACUUCCAGAACAUUCUAUCAGGUAGUUAUGACCGAAGAUGUCACUUGUAGCUAA